UUGUGGGCUCGAGAGUAUCUAUCACGUGACCCUUUCGUAAGUAUGGCCGCCACAAUGCAUUCAAAAAAGCGGGUUUGUUAUUACUACGAUGGGGACAUUGGGAACUACUACUACGGGCAGGGCCACCCCAUGAAGCCCCAUCGCAUGCGCAUGACCCACAACCUGAUUCUCAACUAUGGGCUGUACCGGAAGAUGGAGAUCUACAGACCGCACAAGGCGACCCAGGAAGAGAUGACCAAGUACCACAGCGACGACUACAUUCGCUUCCUGCGCAGCAUCCGGCCGGACAACAUGUCGGAGUACAACAAACAGAUGCAGAGAUUCAACGUCGGCGAGGACUGCCCCGUCUUCGACGGCCUUUACGAGUUCUGUCAGCUGUCCACCGGCGGGUCCGUGGCGGGUGCAGUGAAGCUGAACAAGCAGGCAACGGACAUUGCGGUGAACUGGGCCGGCGGGCUGCAUCACGCCAAGAAGUCGGAGGCCUCCGGGUUCUGCUACGUCAACGACAUCGUCCUCGCCAUCCUGGAGCUGCUCAAGUACCACCAGCGGGUGCUGUACAUCGACGUAGACAUCCACCAUGGCGACGGGGUGGAGGAGGCCUUCUACACAACGGACCGCGUCAUGACCUGCUCCUUCCACAAGUACGGCGAGUACUUCCCCGGCACGGGAGACCUCAGGGACAUUGGUGCUGGCAAGGGAAAAUAUUACGCCGUCAACUUCCCACUGCGAGACGGUAUCGAUGACGAAUCGUACGAGAGCAUCUUCCAGCCACUCAUCUCGAAGGUGAUGGAGAUGUACCAGCCGAGCGCGGUGGUGCUCCAGUGCGGGGCGGACUCACUGUCCGGGGACCGCCUGGGCUGCUUCAACCUGACCCUGAAGGGCCACGGCAAGUGCGCCGAGUUUGUGCGCAAGUACAACCUGCCCCUCCUGCAGCUGGGCGGAGGGGGCUACACCAUCCGCAACGUGGCACGCUGCUGGACCUACGAGACGGCCGUGGCGCUCGGCGUGGACAUCGCCAACGAGCUGCCGUACAACGACUACUUUGAGUACUUUGGGCCAGACUUCAAGCUGCACAUCAGCCCGUCCAACAUGGCCAACCAGAACACACCAGAGUACCUCGAGAAGAUCAGAACUCGGCUUUUCGAGAAUCUCAGAAUGCUUCCGCAUGCUCCUGGAGUCCAGAUGCAACCGAUUCCGGAGGACGCGAUGGACCAGGAGAGCGAGGACGAGGACAAGGUGAACUCGGACGAGCGCAUCAGCAUCCGGGCCUCGGAGAAGCGGGUGGCGUGCGACGAAGAGUUCUCCGACUCGGAGGACGAGGGGGAGGGAGGCAGACGGGACAACCGGUCGCACCGGCCCAAGAAGCACCGCAAGGGCACCUCCAUCACGGCCGGAGCGGGCGGAGGGGGCGGGGCCCCCACCGGAGGGAAUGCACCCCAGGCGGCACCCACCCAGUCGCCGGCCGAGGAGGAGCCCAAGGCGGCGCCGCCCGGGGACGCCAAGGCGACGGCGCCCGCCGAGGGACAGCCCGCCAAGAAGGACGUCGACGACAAGGAUGACAAAAAGAUGGACACGUCCACAACAGAGAAAGACGGCAAAGCCUGAGAGGAAAAACACGCCGCACGUCGGAACACUUCGAAGAUGCGAGACGAUUAAGUGGACCCGCCCUCUUUUUCUAAUCCGUUCGCACGACUCGCCCGCCAUGUCGGAUCGGCGGACGGCCGAAAAACGGAAGUGUGUAUUUAUGCGUAACAAUUUUUGUUUGGCGUCUGUGACCUCUUCUUCCCUCUUCCCACGGUCAUCGAAGUGUAACUGCGUCGUCGGGCCAUCUCUUGAACGCCGGCAUCCCAUGUGUACAAAGCGUCAGCUCGUCAUCCAAGCCCCCUUUUUAAAGAAACACGCGAGUGGACACACCAUUCUUCGGGCCCACGACGUAGUCGUAGGUACCAUUCGUUCCAGCUCGCAAUGGACCGCGGCAGAUGCUGCGAGCCAACCCAGCCAGUCCGAUGCCGUUCGAGUGUCAUGUGACAUCCGAGGGGGGCACAGCACAGCGAGACACUCAGGUCGCGUGACUUUGUUCGCAGCGCUGGAUUCGCUAGGAUGGCUCGUAGCGUCUGCCGCGAUUCAUCGCGAAGUGAAUCGAAGCAUAGCGUCUCGAUGCGUUGCUUCCUAUCGCGCGGGGCCAUCACUUUAUACCGCAUUUCUUCGUCCUGCUUCAUAUCUUUUUUUUACCCUUUUUGUUUUUUUUUUCAUUUUGAGUCACCCAGAAAUCUGAAAUCAGCGGUUUUCAUAGUUUUCUUUUUCCACUUUAUGCAUGCACGUCUUCGUAAGCAUAAGGACACGAAACUGUCACCACCGGUGGCUCGUGGGAGCCACCCGUAUCGGCGCCUACUUUUUGUUGUGGAAUCUGCAGCACGCCGAGUUUGCGUGCAUGUUUUGAUGGUAGUGGCUUUGUGUUGCGGAACGCUGUAAAUAAAGUCUGGCUCUAGACCUGGGAUACACGCAAACA